UAUGCCGAAAAACAAAUGUCAAAUUGUGCUGCAAUUGUAAAUUGAAUGCAAUUCAUUUUGAAGCUAAAAAUUAUGUUCUAAUAAAAUAAGGAACCCUUAGGAGAUUGCAUUAAUUUAAAAGAUGAAUUUAAACAUAAUUAACGCUGGGAAGUUUAUCUGGAAAUCUCAAUCUGUUCCAGGUUAUGGGUUCCAACAAGUCCGAAAUAAAUGGGCCAAUUGGCUCAUGAUUCGCGAUGUGAAAAGAAGGCGAAUGAGCGCUGAAAACUUUUUGGAAAGAACCAGAAUUAACGCAAUGAGAAGAAAUGAUGUGCUUCCAGUAGAAAUUAGAGAGCUUGCUGAUAAAGACAUAAAUAAGUUUGAGAUGAAUGCCAUCCCUUUGAGGAUAAACAACAGAUGCGUCAUUACAUCCAGACCUCGGGGUAUUGUGCCAGAAUGGCGCAUGAGUCGUAUUGUGUGGCGCCAUUUGGCAGACUACAAUAAACUAUCUGGAGUCCAGAGAGCAAUGUGGGGAUAAUAGUUAUUUGAAAUAGGAAUUAAUAAAUUAUAAUAGUUGUUUAGA